AUGGAGCAGCUAUUCACCCCCGAUUUCUCCCAGCCUAAUACCGCCCCUUCGAAUGGCCACGAGCAUGCGUCAUCCGUCGGGGAUGAUGUCCCGCACAUCGACGACCAACAGGCUGCUUCGACCGCAGACGUUGCCGACCACUUGAACGGCCCCAAUGUCGAUCAAUCCGAUCAAGAUCAGGCUCUCCGAGGCAAAGCAGCCACGCAUGGUUUGACCAUUGAAGAGAAAAAGGAGAGGCAGAAGCAGCAAAACCGUCGUGCUGCAGAGCGGAGCAGGAACAAAAAGAGAGAAGAACUCACUGCCCUUGAGAUGACUGUCAACAACAUUCAAGACGAAAACCAGCGUCUGAGAACCCGUCUGUCUUCACUACUUGCCUCCAAGUCUGAGGAUGCGCCACAAGUGCCAACCGACGUCGAAGCAGCCGGUCAUUCAAACCCUGGGGGCAUCGACUACGCCAACCUUGCCAAGCUUCAAUCCGAGCUUGCCUCAGCCAAAGCGACAUUGCUUGAGCGUGAGAUGGAACUGGCCCGUGUGCAGGGAGAAGAGCCGACUGGCGACAAUGACGAUGCUCGCCGACUCCUGUUAACGCACGCUACUUCCCUUCAGACUGCCCAGUCCGAAGUCAAGGUGUUGCACUCAGCCAUCAGUCACAUUCGGAUGGAGCGUGACAAUCUGGCUCGUCAACGCGACAUUCUUACGCGCGAGGUUGAGGCUCGACGCUCUCUUCAAGACGCUACAAAUGGCUCGCCUCCGACAAGCGCCACGGCUACUGGUGUUGAGCGUGCACUUCUGGAACUCCGCGGUUUGGUCGACAACACAAUAAAGUCAUGGGAGCAGGGAUCAAUCCUGCAGACGAGGUCUUUCAACUCGGGCGAGGGAGACAGGUAG